AUUCUCGCGAGACUUGUUUGGAACGCUAAGUGGUUGCUAGGCAACGUUAAGCGGCGGGUUUUCAGCCUGGAGACUGAACCAGAGGCAACAGGAAAGGUCUUUUUCCGUGGCAUCAUGUCGGCCAUAAGCAGCCUGGUACCUUCUCGCUUCCUCACACUGACGGCUCAUCUGGUCAUCGUCAUAACCAUCUUCUGGUCGAGAGAGAAUAACGUCCUCGCCUGUUUACCCAUCAACUUCACCCCGCAACAGUUUUCAUCUCGUGAUACAGAGUUAAUUAUCGCUCUGUCAGUCACACUGGGCCUGUUUGCAGUUGAAUAUGCCGGAUUCCUAUCGGGUGUGUCCAUGUUUAAUAAAACCCAGAGCCUCCUCUUAGGUGCCCAUGCCAGUGCCACAGUAUCUCUCCUCUUCUUCCUAUUUGAGGGAUGGGACUGCUCUCUCUACUGGUGGAUUAUGUCUUUCUGCAGUGCUCUGCCGGCAGUCACAGAGAUAAUUAUCUUUAUUGCUGUUUUUGGAUGGAAAAGGAAACCUCUAUGAUCUUCUCUGUGUUUCCGUCGUGUGAAUAUCUGGCGCUUCCUUCCUUUGCGCUUCCCAAAUCCUCUGCCAACAACACUGUCCCUGCAACAAAGAAUCCUGCUCGGCUUUGUGUCUCUAUUUUACAGAGCAGGGUACAGUCUCACAGGUCAGACCUUCGUUUAUUUAGUGAGGGGAGAAGUCUGAUUGUUUUGACUUGUUCUCUCAAGCAGUAAUGAUGUGGAUUAUUGUGUGUGUGCAGGAAAUAAUUCCAAUUUGUAUGUGAUAGGCGUCUGCAUUAGAUCAGUAUCACAGCGCCACCUAGAGGUUGUAAUAAUUACUGGAGCUUCUCUUGGGAUGAAUGAGGCAAGCAGUAUGGCAGUUAUACUUACAGCCAUAAAAAGACUGUUGGGAUGUACAACUCCCUGCAUCCUCCAGUGGAGGGACCCCCUGCAGCCCUGACUGUGAUUUGUCAGCACUUGCCCACCCCUGCUGGGAAAUAGACCAAUCAAUGUGUGGUACCUGUAUGGCAGUUUGCCCCAGCCUGAUACCUCUGGAGCGUUUCUUUUCUGGCGAUUUAUAUCUGUAUAUUAUUUACUUUCUUCCCCUUGUGUUGGGUUUUAUGGGGAUUUACCAGGGUUUUUACAAUCUGUCUGUUAUACAUAAUGUGAUAUUAUAAAUGUUUCUUUUUGAA